AUGGCUCGAAAACAAUAUGUGGAAACGGCACUUCCUGGAUCACGUAAUGAUAGUUAUGUGAACAUUUACGAAGACCGUCGUCACCUAUCUAACAAUCGACAGAAUUUUAUGUCUGAUCAAGAACGUAUGGCGAAAUUUCAGCAAUUUAUUCGCCGUUAUGAAAUUAAUACUACUUUCGCUGCAAAGUUACGUGGUUUAGAUGGUUAUGAAAUUGUUUUUAUUUGUGAUGAUUCAGGUUCAAUGAAUACAGAACUUAGUGAUGUUUCUGGUCCACAUAACCAAUCGCCAACUCGCUGGGAUGAACUGAAACAAACAGUAUCAAUUGUUGUCGAUUUAGCUAGUACACUUGAUCCAGAUGGUGUAGAUGUUUAUUUUCUUAAUCGUGAACCAAUGUAUAAUGUACAGAGUCCAACACCAAUGGUUCGAGUUCUUCGACAAGUUCUUAAAGAUAAAAGAAACGAAAUUCAAGAACGUAAAUUACUUAUUCUCUUAGCUACUGAUGGAGCACCAACAGAUGAUAAUGGUCAACCAAGAGUUGAUGAAUUACGAAAAUUUUUGCUACAGGAACGCAAACCUACAGAUCGAAUACCAGUUACAAUUAUUGCUUGUACAGAUGAUGAUGAAUGUAUGUCAUAUUUAAAUAAUUGGGAUAAAGAUAUUCCAAAUCUUGAUGUUGUUGAUGAUUAUCGAAAUGAAAAAAAAGAAAUUCUUGCAUGUCAAGGAAAAUCAUUUCCAUUCAGUUAUGGUGAUUAUGUUGUGAAAAUUCUUAUGGGCGGUGUAGAUUCUUGGUUUGAUGAAUUGGAUGAAAAGAAAGUAACAACAGAUGAAUACGGACGAUCUGCACCACGAAUGACAACAAAUAAUAACUUCUAA